CAGCGCAGCCAUGACCACGCAGAGGGGCCCCGGCUACAGCAAGGGCAAGUGUCGCGCUUCCCCUCCGCUCGCCGCUCUCUCCCCUAGGGCUCGACAGAGGCGGCUGUCCGGCUCCGCGGUGCACACCGCAGCGUUGCCCCAUCGCGCGCACCGCGAGCCGCCAACUGCAUUUGGGACCCGGCACACGUCGGUGGCGAACUCGGAUCGCGGGUCCCUCGGCCAGGCACCGGAGCCCGGAACAUGGAGCGCAUCUUGGGCAAAGUUCGACGGAGCAGCUCGUCGCUCAUGGAAGGCGCACAGCGAACACUUUUCGGAUCGACCUUCGAUGAAACACCGUCUUCGCUCGGCCACUUGUUCACGUGGGAGAGCAUGGUGGUGGUGUUGUGCGCCCUCGUGCUGUCCGUCAUAUUCGGAUUCUUCAUUCACCAGAGUUUCCACUCCAGAAUGUCAAGUGGACUCAUGGCUGACAACGACGCGCAUGAAAUGCAAGACAACGUCGAUGUCUCAAAUUGGCCACAUAAGGACGGAGAGGCCGUGGGCAUGCAAGGAAGUCUCGACAUACGACGCUUAGAAGCUCCAACCUUCAAGCCCAGGAUGUCAAGGACUCGCAAGCACAAGUCUUCCAACGAACAUGCAACAAAGACUACGAAGAAAGACACAAGGACACAUGGCUCUCGUGCCCAACAGCGCGUCCCCGAGAAGCAGAAGUCUCUCAACGAGAAGAUCAAGAAGACGAAGAAGAAAAAGAAGAAGAAGAAGAACAAUUCUGCAAAGGCCCUCAAGCCUAAAACGAUUCCAAGCGCUACCAAAGAAUCCAGCGAACCCGUAAAGGGUUUGAAACCAAGCGGCAUUUCCAAUCACCUGCUGUGUUUCAUGUCGGACAACGCCACGGACAAACUACAGAUGCCGGCCGAGUACUGUACCCAUCUCGUCUACAGAGACGUGGCCCUGAGCAAGCAGAGUCAUACCUUUGUGCCUGCCAAUAACGGCACUGGCUUCGACGAGUUCAUGUCCUUGCGGGAGCGCUUCGUGACGACCAAGUUCGUGGUGUCCCUGAGCCCGGCGCUGGUGCGCGAGCUGCUGGACUACGCGGACAGAGACGAACGCAACCUGGCGGCCGUGUGCGCCCAGCUGGCCAAGUGGAUCUCGCAGAACGAGCUCAACGGCGUCGCCUUCACGGGACAGCUCAUCACGAGCACGCGACACAAGAGCAUGCUGGCGGUGUUCAAGAACGUCCAGGAUGCCUUGACGCAGUUGGGAGAACCUAAACCUGCCCUUAUCUACUCUGGGUACGCAUCGCAUGACCAGUACACGCAGAAGAGUAUCAUGGGCAGGAUUAAGGAUUACCUCCGCGUCGCUGACAUCUUCGUGAUUGAGACCCACUAUCACGAAGAGGAGCAGUUCUGCAGGCUCGUCUAUCCGUCCAUCUUCGUUCGGAUCGACGACACACCCAGCAGCAUUCCUGUGAAAUCGGCCCUACUCUGGAUGGAGAUCGUCAAAGAAGACGACGGCCUGAAUGGGACGCACAACAUGUGCUUCUCACUCGACAUGUCCACCAUGUCGUUCGACGUGGCAGCCAACAGCCGGCCUACCGUUGGCGGAUGGUGCACGGGCCGCAAGUGGAUCAAUUACGGACAGAUGUGCGGCACGAAUGUCUGGGUGACGCCCGACGAGGACCGCGUAGCCCUGUCGACUUCCAGGCGCAAGCCGCAGACGUGGCUCGCCUAUGACAGCGAGGACGCCAUCAAGAAAAAGGUGGGCCGUGCGAUGGACGUGUUUCACGGCGUCUGUGUAGCCGUCUUCCAUGUGGACCACGACGACAGUGCCGCCAUCUGUGACGGCAUCAACCGCUUCCCCAGGCUGCAGGCCAUUCGGGAAGUGCAGAAGCACCACGUGGAAAAGGAAUUCUACGGAGUUAAAAAAAAACCGCCACGCCGCUUUCAAGAUCGGGAAAGGUCCAAAAGUUUGCCGAGUGAACCGGCGGUGUUGUGCGUCGCGGGCGACCUGCUCUCUGACAUGGACCACUACCCGACCGAAUACUGCACGCACCUCAUCUACCGGGACAUGGUGUUCUUCUCGGAGCACAAGUGGUUCAUGCCCAGAGAGGACGAGCAAAGCUUCAAGCAGUUCAAGGAGCUGCGCGCAAAGACAUCGCUUCCCCUUCUCGUGGGCGUGUCGGCCGAGCAGCUGUCAGACUUCUACGUGCGGCUGUGGCGAAACCCGCCCAAGAUGGGCCACUUCGCGCGCAGCGCCAUCGAGUGGCUGAACAUGCAAGGUUUCGACGGCAUCGCGCUGCUCGACCAGGAGGUCAAGGCGGCCGACAUCGGCAGGCGAUACUUCCCCAUCGUCAAGAGACUGCACGAUGAGUUCGCGAGGGUUGAGCGCAAGCUCCUCAUUGUGGUGGGCCUCAGCAUCACGGACCACGAAAAGACGGCGGAGGACGUGGCCGAGCCACUCGAAGACAUCGCGCGGUACUCGGACUACCUGAUCCUCGAGACGCACCGUGUCAAGCGCCAGGGUCAGUGCAAGCUGUCGCUGCCUUCGUCUUUCCUCGAGGACAGCACACUCACAUCUUCCGUUCCAAUCCGAACGGCCCUUGCCUGGAUGCGAAUCCUGCAUGUGGAGAACGACACGUCAGCGCACCUCUGCAUUUCCUUCAACAUGGCCGCCCUCAACUUCAAGACGAGGAAAGGAGACACAAACCUGACCUGCAAAAAUGAGCGGUGGUCCAACUAUCGUGACGUCUGCUCGAGCAAGGAUGGCUACGAAGUUCCCGUGCACGUGGACGGGGCGCUGGGCAUCUAUCGAAACAACCAGAACGCCUGGCAGACGUUCGAAGAAGAGGGCACACUUCGCGAAAAGGUGCAAAGGGCUGUAACUCUGUACCCUCGUCUGUGCGUGGCUGCAUUCUACCUUGAAUACGAAGACUCCAUGGGACUCUGCCGGCCCAAGUUCUCACGACUAUCCGAAAUAGCCCAAACACUAAACAGAGGUCCCGUGGAAAACUUGGUCGAACUGAAACCACCGAUUAACAAUGGAGAUUCUCGUGCUCGGCAUGGAGCAGUGGUGACGACUGGCAAGCCUGAAGAAGAGCGAUCGGGGCGCCCGCAUAACCUCAUUUGCGUGAUGACGGAGAAGACGAGCGUGAAGCAGCAGUUCCCGAAUGAAGCUUGCGACUUCGUGGUCUUCAUGGACCUCACGUACAACGGUCAGGAGGACAAACUGGUGCCAAAGACCAACGGCUCGAGCUUCGAGUUAUUCCGCGCGAUGGCGGCCAACCGCUCUGGCAACCACCUAGUGGCCGUCAGCCAGGAGGACAUCCGCGAGUGCAUGGACAAGUGGAAGGACCCGCUCGCGCUGUCGCACUUCGUAAUCACCACCUCGGCGUGGAUCACGAAGAACAAGUUCGACGGGCUCGCCUUCCUCGGGGUGCAUGUCCCCAACGACCGCUUUCCUAUGAUGCACAAAAUGCUUCAGAAAUUCCACGAGGCGUUUAAGGAGAACCAGCCGCGGUCGCUUUUGCUGAUGUUCGCCAUUCAGGUGAAGAACUACAAGUCAACUGCCGUCGAAGUGCUUCAGACUCUGCAAAAGAUCGUGAAGGUGGUCGACUACACCAUCCUGGAGACGCACCACUCGAGGCCUUUGACCACGUGCAGUGCUCUCCUACCUACGUCAUUUAGAGAGUACAGCGACGUGGCCGACAGUGUGCCCGUGGUGACGGCGCUCGAGUGGACCAACAAGUUGCAGAACGGCGUGGAGCCACUGCCCAAACUGUGUUUCUCGCUCAGCCUGGCUUCACUGCAUUACACUCUCAAGACAACCACCAACAACGUUGGCGCACCCUGUGACGGCGAGACGCUCAUUCCCUACAACCAGACAUGUUCCAGAGACGACUGGGUGGGCCCCAUUCAGGACGAGCGGGCCAUCGCGGCGUACCACUACCGAAACAACCAGUGGCAGUCUUUCCUCACGCCGGACAGCAUCACCAAGAUGAUGCGACUUGCCCUGAAGAUGAACCCGAGCGUAUGCGCUGCGGCUUACUACGUGGACUACGAGGAUUACCAGGGCCUGUGCAAAAAUAACGAGACGUUCCCGCGACUUAGGGCUCUGCGAUACGUCCUCGAUCAAGUCAGGACGCGCUGAACGGCAUCCGUCACCCAACCCCGUCACUGGCAGUCCUUGAAAUGAAGAUGCUCACAUGUCUCGCCAUA